UCCCGCGCGCGCCCCCUUCCCGGCCUUGUCCUCGCCCCUCCCCCCGCCGCCCGGGAGCCCCCCUCGCUCGCCGCCCCCCGGCCCCCCGGCGCCCGGACGAUGCUCAAGUCUCGGCUCCGCAUGUUCCUGAACGAGCUGAAGCUGCUGGUGCUGACGGGCGGGGGGCGGCCCCGGGCCGAGCCGCAGCCCCGGGGGGGCGGGGGAGGCGGCUGCGGCUGGGCGCCCUUCGCUGGCUGCUCCGCCCGGGACGGCGACGGCGACGAGGAGGAGUACUACGGGUCGGAGCCGCGGGUCCGGGGCCUGGCCGGCGACAAGGAACCGCGGGUCGGACCCCCGCCACCGCCGGCGCCGCCGCCGCCGCCCCCAGGCGCGCUGGACGCCCUGUCUCUCAGCAGCAGCCUGGACAGCGGGCUCCGAACCCCCCAGUGCAGGAUCUGCUUCCAAGGCCCGGAGCAGGGGGAGCUCCUGAGCCCUUGUCGCUGUGACGGCUCAGUGCGCUGUACACACCAGCCCUGCCUCAUCCGCUGGAUCAGUGAGAGAGGCUCCUGGAGCUGUGAACUCUGCUACUUCAAGUACCAGGUCCUGGCUAUCAGCACCAAGAACCCGCUGCAGUGGCAGGCCAUCUCCCUGACUGUGAUCGAGAAGGUUCAGAUUGCCGCCAUAGUUCUGGGCUCCCUGUUCCUCGUCGCCAGCAUCUCCUGGCUCAUCUGGUCCUCACUCAGCCCUUCAGCCAAGUGGCAGCGCCAGGACCUGCUCUUCCAGAUCUGCUACGGCAUGUACGGCUUCAUGGAUGUUGUCUGUAUAGGCCUCAUUGUUCACGAAGGCUCUUCUGUCUACCGCAUCUUCAAGCGCUGGCAGGCAGUGAACCAGCAGUGGAAAGUCCUGAAUUAUGACAAGACCAAGGACAUAGGAGGAGAUGCAGGGGGAGGGGCAGCGGGGAAGCCAGGCCCCAGGACCUCACGGACCAGCCCCCCAGCCGGGGCCCCCAACCGGCCCCCAGCCGCCCAGCGCAUGCGGACGCUCUUGCCUCAGCGCUGUGGUUAUACAAUCCUGCAUCUCCUUGGACAGCUACGGCCACCAGAUGCCCGGUCCAGCUCUCAUUCAGGACGAGAGGUUGUCAUGAGAGUCACCACAGUUUGACCUGGACUCCAGGGCCAGGGAUCUCAAGUCAGAGUGGCAGCCAGAGACGAGCUCUCUUGGCUGCUGGAGGUACGACCUAGACAAGGUGUUUGGGGCACAGUGGCCCCACCACUGAGGAUCUCUGUGGACAGCCUCAAGCUUGGAGACAUUGUCUGACCUCUACUGCCCACGGGGUAGAGACACCUGGAUGACAUUCCAGCUCCCACCGACACCGCCUCACACUCAUCUUGAGGAUGGCCAGCAGGCAGGCGGGAAGAACAGCUUUUCUUCUUGGAGAGAACCAUCUUUACCUCAGCUCUAGGGCCUCCAGUCCCCUGACUCCACCAUGGUGACUUGGUAAUGGGAGACCAGUGCCAGAAUAAAAGGGGCUGUAGACCCCCCAUCCCCCACCCCAUGGCCACAGGGCAUCUGGCAAUAAGACUCGCAAACAUUGACCUCCCGUUCCCUGCAUGAGGGCGGGGGGGACUCCCCCCCUGCCCCACCCCCCAUUGCAUGGGGGAAGGGCAUAAAGAAUCAUUUAUAUGCACGUGGAGACUCCUUUCUCAUAUGGGGCUUUUCUGAAGGGCUGGAGGGCAUGGGGAGGUUCCUCAACAUAGGUGCAUUGGAGUUGGAGGAGGGCUCCUGCUUGCCCUGGACGGCUCACACUGGCUGCUAGGCCGUGGUGCUCAGAGGUGGCAGAGGACCCUGGACUGGCCACCUGUGAGUUACAUGAUUUAGAAAAAAAAUCCUAGCUCCCCCCCCCCCACCUCAGAGACUGGGAAUGAGGAUAAAUGAGGGAUGAGGGGUUAAAUGCUGCUACAAAAAAAUUUGAUAAUGGUAUAAAAGGAGCUCUGGACUGGUUGAGGGGUCCACUUAUUUCAAGUAGUAGGUGGUAUAGCAAAUCCCAAAAUCUGUUUGUUUUUUUUUUUGUUUGUUUGUUUGGUCAGAUGUGGCACACAACGUUAGCAAUUUGAGUGGCAAAAUAGAUACAGAAAGGAAAAGAGAAAUAGACGCAGUGACUGUGCAGAAUGGUGGUUAUUGUAGGUACGAUAAGGCUUUUGACCCUCCGAACAUUGGACUUGGGGGAUGCUGGAGCCACUCAGCUUGUUCUGAGAAUGCCUGUGUUCUCUCAGUCCUUUCCAGGGACUGUGUCCCCUGCAAAAGUGGUGUGAGAUGAACAUGAACUCAUUUAGAGUGACAAGGGAAGGAACCUCCUCCUUCGGUGUUAAGUCUUUAAUGCCAGUUGAAACUGCGGCGGUUCAGGAUCACACCCUUGAUCCAGGUGUGCCCAGCUAGUGGUAUUACUGGAAGGUCAAUAGGAGGGCUGUUGUUUUGGUAAAUGUGGGUCCGAGGGCUGGGGGUGUGGGUCAGUUGUAGAGUACUUGCCUGGUGUGCAUGAGGUCCUGGGUUUAAUUGCCAUACCACCAAAAAAGUUAUGUGGGCCAGUUUGAAGUUUGAUCCUUCCUCCUUAAGCCUGGGGUCUGGGUAUUAUGUGAAUGAUGGUGUCUAUUAAAUGAACCAUUCAUGAGCAAUUAAAAAAUUCCUUCAUA